CCGAUACUCCCGCUAUCCUGCAGACACACUCUCCUGAAUGAUCUAAAGCAACAACUUCAUCAUCCCUUAACUCUCAUUCCUCAAUUACAUCAAUUAACCAGCAUGAGCGACCAAAACCAAUUCCAGCUCCAGGGCUACAACUUGCUCACUCUCCUUAAACGUUUGGAGGUUGCUACCUCACGCUUGGAGGACAUCACCAUCUUUCAGGAGGAAGCCACCAAGGGCAUCCAGCAGGACGCGGGUCAAUUGCCUCAGGAAAUGGCGAUUUCGCCGCAAGCGCCAGCUUCCCAAGCGGUAGCCACGCCAACCUCUGUAUCCACCCCUUCCUCUGCGCCUGCGAUCGUCGCGUUCGACGCCUUUGUCGCGGAAUACGUCACACCCUUCGUCGCCUUAUCCCUGGAGAUCGAUCCAUUGGUCUUCCAGCAGGCGGAGCUUCUCGCUGCCGCCUUCCAGGCCCAAAAACGCUUCCUUCUGAUUGCGUCACGGGCAAAGAAACCUGCCGACACCGAUGCCGCCUACGCCAAGGUGCUUCUCCCUACCAACUCCGAAUUGAUGGCUAUCGAUGACCUUAAGGAAAGGAACCGCGGAUCCAAUUUCGCCAACCACCUCAGUACCGUCGCCGAGGGCUCUCCUGGCCUCUCGUGGGUCGUCGUCCCAACCCCGGUCUCGUUCAUCCCGGAGUACAAGGACAGCGCGCAGUUUUGGUCCAAUCGAGUGCUCAAGGAGUACAGAGACAAGGAUGCGAAGCACGUGGAGUGGGUCAAACGCUUCUUGAGCAUCUUUGAUGGGUUGAAGGCGUACGUAAAGGAGUACCACAGCACCGGCGUUGCCUGGAACGCCAAUGGAAAGACAUUAGAAGAGGUUUUGGAGGCUUCCGAGAAUGAUUCCGUGACUUCUUCACCUCCAUCUGCCGGAGGACCUCCCCCACCUCCACCUCCCCCACCAGCUUCUGUCUUCCAGGCUUCCUCCGAGUCAAGCGGUAUGGGCGCUGUCUUUGGCGACCUCAACCGUGGGGCCGACAUCACCGCCGGCUUGAAAAAGGUGGACAAGUCGCAGAUGUCACACAAAAACCCGGAGUUGCGUGCUGCGGCCAAGAAGGCCGUCCCGGCGCCUCCAAAGAAGCCAACCUCCUUAUCCUCCGCCUCCAGCGCCAAGACACCCAAGAGACAGCCAAAGAAGGAGUUGGAGGGCUCCAAGUGGUUGAUUGAGCACUUCGAAGACGAGCACGAAUUGGUGAUCGACGGUGAAAUGCAGCAGUCGGUCUUCAUCAACAAGUGCUCCAACGUCACCAUCCAGAUCAAGGGCAAGGUCAACGCGAUCACCGUGAACGACUGCAGCAAGAUCGGGUUGGUCGUCGACUCCUGUGUCUCCGGGAUUGACAUCAUCAAGAACGUCAAGUAUGGCGUGCAGCUCAUGGGUGUCGUGCCGAUGAUCAACAUCGACCAGUCGUCCGACGGGAGUAUCUAUUUGAAUAAGGACUCGCUCGACUGCGAGGUUUUCACCAGCCAGACCACCUCCCUCAACAUCAACUUGCCUCCGCUGGAAGACGACGGAGACUUUGUUGAGGUGCCGGUGCCAGAACAGUUCAAGCACACGUUCCAGGGUGGGAAGCUCAAGAGUGAGAUUGUUCAGCACAUUGGUUGAAGGCAGUUUGUCUUUUAACUAGAAUAUUAAAGGGUAAACUCCAUGGUUGGGUGAUUGUGUAGUGGCGUCAAACCAGAGCAGUGAAGAUUGUAGAAGGCUGCACGCCGGCCACUGGUAAAUGUCGUGAAUAUGGGAUCGCAAACGGGCUAAAGCGGAGAAUUGGUUCAAUAGCCAAGAAAAAAAAACGACUAAACAGGUGGGUCAAGUGGAAUUACAUGCACAAGGCCUACAACUGGAGGGAUCUCCGUGAGAUUCCGAUGUACAUCACACAAUAUUUACCUCUUAGUAAACCUAAGGUAUCAUAUCUUAACUUGGGCGGUGUAGAAACCUUUAGCGAGUUGUACAAUUGGAAAUC